AUGAAGACACUCAUGUCUUCACAGAGUAUGAGCUUGGUGUCUCAUACUCUCCCAUUUACGGAAGAUGGAUCUGUAUCGACGGCGAUAGAAAACAAGCCGCCUGUCAAGUGUGGCAUGGAUGAUGCUACGCGUCGUAGCAUCUUUGGUUCAUCUGAAAAAUCAGAUGAACCAUCGCCGAAGCGAAGGCGCUCGAGAUCGCAAGACUCGGGCGCUCACAGUGGUGUCGGUUUUCCUGUUGACACCACUUUGCAACGAGGUGCCAGUACUUCUGUCGGCACGUCGCAGGAAGAGCGGUACCGCAGCGUGUUGCGUCUCGCUCCCGAAAAGAAGGCAUGGCUGCCUUCAAAGUCAGUUAUGGAUCGCUUGUCGGCGACGACAAGUGAUCGCUAUCGAACACGAUUGUUCGACUCGUCAAGGAUCCAUCAGCUUGACCCCAGUGCGUAA